AUAAAGUCGGCGCUCAGCUUACUCACGCCGUUGGCGUUCUGCUGCUUUCCAGCUGCCCCGAUUCUUUCACCUUCUUCCCGCGCUUCCUUGCAAACUAAAAAAAAAAACACACAAAACAACCCACCAUGAUGAAGAACUACCGGAACACGUCGAGCACCGUCCGCAGUUUCAGCAGCCGGUCCUACACGCCUGGCCCCGUCGCCGGCUCUCGGAUGAGCACCUCUUACUCCUCCACCUCCGGCUUCGGGGGCGGCAGGUAUGGCGCUGGGGCCAACUUCCGCGGAGCUUCCGCGGGGAGCCUGGGGGGCAGCAUCGCUGCGGUCAGCGUCAACAGGAGCCUGCUGGCCCCGCUCAAUUUGGAAAUCGACCCCGCCAUCCAGCAAGUGAGAACCAAGGAGAAGGAAGAGAUCAAGAUCCUCAACAACAAGUUUGCCAGCUUGAUUGAUAAGGUUCGCUUCCUAGAACAGCAGAACAAGAUGCUGGAAACCAAAUGGAGCUUCUUGCAGAAUCAGAAGACUACACGGAGCAACUUGGACAGUAUGUUUGAGGCCUACAUCAACAACUUACGCCGGCAGCUGGAAAAUGUGGGUCAGGAAAGGGCAAGGCUGCAUGCUGAGUUGGGAAACAUGCAAGGCCUGGUGGAAGAGUUCAAACACAAGUAUGAAGAUGAAAUCAACAACCGUACUGAAAAGGAGAAUGAGUUUGUCCUUCUGAAGAAGGAUGUGGAUGAGGCUUACAUGAACAAGGUUGAAUUGGAAUCCCGUCUGGAAUGUCUGACAGACGAGAUCAACUUCCUGAGGCAGCUUCAUGAUGAGGAGCUGCGUGUCCUGCAGUCUCAAAUCAGCGACACCUCUGUGAUCCUGUCCAUGGACAACAACCGCAGCCUGGACUUGGACGGCAUCAUUGCUGAAGUCAAGGCUCAGUAUGAAGAAGUUGCUAACAGGAGCCGGGCUGAGGCAGAGAGGAUGUACCAGAUCAAGUAUGAAGAGCUCCAGACUAUGGCAGGCAAGCAUGGGGAUGACCUCCGCAGCACCAAGAAUGAAAUCAAUGAACUGAACCGAAUGAUAACCCGGAUACAGUCAGAAAUCGAUGGUUUGAAAGGCCAGCGUGCAAGCUUGGAAGCGGCAAUCACUGAAGCAGAGGAGCGUGGGGAACUGGCCGUGAAGGAUGCCAACAGCAAGCUGGCUGAAUUGGAGGGUGCCAUGCAGCGAGCUAAACAAGACAUGGCUCGCCAGCUGCGAGAGUAUCAAGAGCUGAUGAACGUCAAGCUGGCCUUGGAUAUAGAGAUCGCCACCUACAGGAAGCUGCUGGAAGGAGAGGAGAUCAGGCUGGAGUCUGGAAUGCAGAAUCUCAGCAUUCAGACCAAGACAACUGGUUAUUCAGGUGGCCUGAGCAGUGGCUAUGGUAAUUACGGGGGUGGCUACAGCUCUUCCUACUCAAGCGGUGGAUAUUCCAUAAAUACAUUGCCCAUGGAGAGCUCGGCCGUCAGCAAGACCAAGGCUAUUGUCAUCAAGAAGAUCGAGACCCGGGAUGGAAAGCUGGUGUCUGAAUCCUCCGACGUGCUGUCAAACUAGCGCGGUGGGGUCUUGAGCAAUGGAACCACUAACGGUUUUAAAGUGCCUAAAUCCAAUGAGCCUUACCUAAUUUAGCUAAGAUGAUGAUGAGCCACAGAUUAGAAGAGAGGGAAGAAAUGCCUUUGUUCUCUCACCGAACUUUUUUUUUUGUUUUGGUUUUUUUCUAGAAGGAAGGAUGUAUGUUUGUCAGAUACUCGUGGACUACAGCUCCCAUCAGCCCUUUUCUGGCCAUGCUAGAUGAGGCUGGUGGAACUUGGGAGUCCAGCUGCAACUGGGAAGUCCACAGCUGCUUUUAGAACACCACAAAAUCAUUUGCCACCGACUUGCAUUGAGACGUGAUCCGGGAGAAAAAGCAAGGGGGCACUCGUGCCUCAUUCCCUUUUUCUUAACACUUUGAGGGAAAAGAAACUUGCUUUCCCAAGGGACCUCGUGUUUUUUGACAGUAUCCCAUCAGUGGGUGCAGCUGUUGAAAAAAAAAAAGGCAGGAAAGCAGCUUUCCUAAGCUAGUUGUCAGCGAGAAGUCUUAACUCUUUUAGACCACUAUAUGUAGAGAUGACCUAUUCAGAAUUGCUGUUUGUAGUUUUCACAUUGUUUAAAAGCUGACCUGUUGUAUUAUUCACCCCUCUUGCUGUUUGCAUAUCAUUAGGUCAAAUUUUCAAUCAAAACCAAGGCUUGGAAAUGUUUUAUUUUGAAGGAUGGGGGAUUUAGGGAAAUCUCACCAGAGUCUUAUCACCGGAGACAGCAACUCCUAUCAAAUGAUCACACUAGCUAUUCUAAAGAUGAUGGGAGUUUUGCGGUCCACCUGGACCAGGAUGAUAGGAAGACGUGGUUAGUGGGAGCCGAGCUGGACAGAAGCACGAAGCAAGCUAGUCUGUGAAGGUUUUUUAAGAACUUCACAUGGUUUUCAUUUUAUUUGAAAUAAAAAGGUUUUCUUCCAAUCUUUGAUAUUAAAUGGCUUAACUUUUC